UCUUUUUAAAUUUUUGUCUACUCACGUCGUUAGAUUUGGGAUGGCCAAUUAACGUUUUGCAACUAAUGAAAUAGUUUAAGGGUUAACUGUCGUUUCAACAGUUCAGAGAGAUGUUUUUUUGAAAAAAAGAAGUUUGUUGAGGGAGAUUUAAUGCACUUAACUUAUUAUUGUUCCACAUCAUUCACCCAAGUGUUGUUCUUAUUUUUGCGAACGAUUACUAUGAUUCAUCCUUCUGAACUAUAACUAACUGAUAUAGAAAGUAUAAGACGGAUCUGAACCACCGAUUGAUAAUCUAUGAGUGCCCUCUGAGUAUUGGCCCAUUACACCAAGCUCUCAGAUCGCACCACGUGUCGUCUCUAAAGAAUCUCCACAUCUUCUCCCACCAAAUCCAUCGACGUGGUGAAUUCUCAUAGGUUUGUUCAGAGAUAACUGGGAUCAAGGCAAGGCCGCGGAAGUGUGGCGGUGGCCAAACGCAGGUGGAGAGAGAGAAAAGGAGGACAUGAGCCUCCUCCGUAGAGCCUUCUCGAGCAACCCUCAAGUUAUCGGAUUCACAAAAAGAUCCCUCAACUCAUUGAAAUUAUCCGGCGAGCCCCCCGAAGAUUCAACUUCUUCCAACCUCACCCAUGGCAUUCACGUCUUCCGAUGCCCCGAUGAGGUUGGAAUCGUUGCCAAGUUAUCAGAAUGUAUUGCUUCACGAGGUGGAAACAUACUCACUGCCGAUGUUUUUGUGCCUCAAAACAAGCAGGUCUUCUAUUCAAGAAGUGAGUUUGUAUUUGAUCAUGCUAAAUGGCCACGGGUAGAAAUGGAUGAGGAUUUCCUUAAGCUGUCAAAGAUGUUCAAUGCCAUGAAGUCUGUUGUUCGGGUGCCUGACCUAGACCCCAAGUACAAGAUUGCUGUUCUUGCUUCAAAGCAGGAUCAUUGUCUUGUUGAUUUGUUGCAUGGGUGGCAGGAUGGAAGACUUCCAGUACAUAUAACUCGUGUAAUAAGUAAUCAUGAUAGAGGCCCGAACACACACGUGUUUCGAUUUCUUGAACGGCAUGGAAUUCCAUAUCAUCAUUUGAACACAACCGCGGAGAAUAAAAGAGAGGAAGAGAUUUUGGAUCUUGUUCAAGAUACCGAUUUUCUUGUACUUGCCAGAUACAUGCAGUUAUUAUCUGGAAAUUUCUUAAGGAGCUACAGGAAGGAUAUAAUUAAUAUUCACCACGGCCUAUUGCCAUCAUUCAAGGGUGGGCAUCCUUCCAAACAGGCCUUUGAUGCUGGUGUCAAAUUGAUUGGUGCCACAAGUCACUUUGUCACUGAAGAGCUUGAUUCAGGGCCAAUCAUCGAACAAAUGGUUGAGAGAGUUUCACACAGAGAUAACUUGCAGACUUUUGUACAGAAAUCUGAGAACCUUGAGAAACAAUGCCUAGCGAAGGCAAUAAAAUCAUACUGCGAACUGAGAGUGCUACCUUACGAGGAAAACAAGACUGUUGUAUUUUGAGUGAAGUGAGAAGCAGGAAGAGAAAGAGGGCAGUUGAAAAGGUUUUUUCCUUCUUAGAAGGUGGCAGUUGAAAAGGGUUGCAAUCUGUAUAUACAUUCAAUUUUUCAUUUUAAUUUUCAAUAUAAAAUGCUUCCAUGUCAACCAUUUACUUCUAAUUCAUAUGUCAGCAUUUUAGAAAUUCAACUUAGUUCUUCUUGUUA